CCUUCUCUCCCUCCCUCUCUCUCCGCAAUCCACUCGGUCAGUCAACUGGUUUAAAUAUCCGUGUCCACAGACCCGGCAACAUCAAAAUAUUUCCUUUAGACUGGUCUGCUUUGUUUUUUAAACCAUUGUAGGUUUUUGGCUGAGAUGGGUAAAAUUGGUACUGGCAGCAACAAAAAUCGGACAAGUCGGAGUAACAAGAAUGAGCAGAAGGUCAAAGCAUCAAAUGGAUCAAAGAGAAAGAAGGCUGUUAGGAGGAAUUCACAAGAAGACAAAGAAAACCUUCCUGAAUGUGUUCAAAAGACAAAUGUACAUAAAAGAAAGCGGGAGCCCCUUCAACCAACUGGCAGUAUUUCUGAUCAUUACCCUAAAAAAGCGUGUGGUUGCAACACAGAAGGAAUUUUAUUCCAUGUCAAAUAGGCCUCUUGGAUAUUGUUUGAUUAUCAACAAUUAUAACUUUGAGAGAACGUCACUUGGAAACCGGAGAGGGACAGAUAAAGAUAAAGAUGAUCUCACCAGAGUGUUUGAGAACAUGUUUUUCAAAGUUGAGGUGCAGGAUGAUUUGCAAGCGUCAGAUAUGCAGAAUGUGAUAAAGGAGCUUGCAGAGAGGGAUCACUCUCAGAUGGAUGCUUUUGUCUGCUGCAUCCUGUCCCAUGGAGAAAAAGGCUCUGUUCUGGGAAUAGAUGGAAAACCAGUUCCGAUCCGUGAACUCACACAGCCUUUUGCUGAAUGCCACACUCUAGUUAACAAGCCGAAGCUUUUCUUCAUUCAAGCCUGUCAGGGUAAUGAGGCCCAGCAAGGUGUGUGGAUGGCAGAUGGACAGGAGAACACCAGAGAAGAAGGAACAUUUGAGAAGGUUUCUCAUACUGCAGCAACGCACGGUGUCCCUAAAGAUGCUGAUUUUCUCAUUGGAAUAGCAACGGUGGAGCACUACAAAUCUUUCCGCUGCACAAAACAUGGGUCCAUCUAUAUCCAGGAACUCUGCAAACAGCUGGAAAGUGGCCUUCACUGGAAAGAGGACAUACACUCUAUUUUGACAAUGGUGAAUAGAAUAGUGAGCUCCAAAAUCCUUCAGGGUUGCAAGCAGAUGCCUGAGGUUCACUACACUCUAACCAAAACACUGGUCCUGCCCAUGAAGCGAGGCUCCUGCUUGGCUGUGGCAUGACAAUCUGGCAUCCAUCUAUCCCUUCCUCCCUUGUGGGAAAAGUGCCUUUUGUAAUACGAAUAUACUUUUAAUCCUUAAAAUUAGAGUAUGUAUUAUUUACAGCUAGCAGUUGACAUUGGUACUGCAGUCUAAAUUCAAAAUAUUGGACAAAGUAGUUUCUCACGCCUCCUCCUCAAACUCAAUGCUCACACCGGUUGUCAGAUUGAAGACAUGCAACAGGAGUGAGCGCAAUUGACAAGGCGAGGCCUUACACUGAUGCGAUGAUUUAUCCACGUUUUAAUAUGCUUUGUUAUAGAGCUUUUUAGUUGGAUGCUCGGGCUUUUUAGGUCAGGUAGAAUCUUUGAUCACUGACCCAGUUUGUUUGCUACAAGGCUGCAAUACGCCUUGUUUUUUGCCAACUGGCAACCCAGGAUGUUAAAAUAUAGUUGGGUAUCAUACAGACCAAAAGAAAAACAGACAUUCAGACACAGAAUGCACAUUUCAAAUGGUAUAACUGGAUAUAGUCUAGCAUUGUUCUUCAGAGGAACGAGUAUGAAAACUUAGCAUGUUUCCUAAAUAUCUGCAAACAUGGAAUUGUUAUGCUUUAGUAUGGUCCAAAAAAAAAAGCAUAAA